CGGCGGACAAACAAGGACGCGUGGAAGGAGACGCACGAUCGUUCCCCACGCUUUGUCUCCAGUGCCGAUCCCUGGUCUUCUCCUCCUCAAGUCUGCGGAGAACUUUCGCAACGUGGACGCACGGCGCCUCCAGACCGAUGCGUGAGUUGGCCUCAGAUCCAGUCCGCCAUUGACAUGGUAGACAUGGAGAGCCCUUACAGUCCUCCGUCUCAUCUGGAGGACUCUGUGCUCUACAGGGACCUCGUGGGUGCCGAAGACUUGCAAGACAUCUCCAAGUCCAUCAAUGAAGAGGCACUCAGCAACUUGGACGUCUCCGAGUACCACUCGACUGGCCGGUGCUCCAGCUCUGAAAGCUCCACGGUGCCAGAUGCUCUGACCCCAGCCUCGAGUCCAUCUUCAGGUGUGUGUGGGGCCAUAGCAGGACAGGAGGACUUUACGUCUGCUUCUCUAAACCUGGAGUGUCGCGUGUGCGCAGACCGAGCCUCGGGAUAUCACUAUGGCGUCCAUGCCUGUGAGGGUUGCAAGGGCUUCUUCAGGCGCACCAUUCGCCUCAAGCUAGAAUAUGACAAGUGUGAACGCCACUGCAAAAUCCAAAAGAAGAACCGGAACAAGUGCCAAUACUGCCGCUUUCAAAAGUGCCUAGCUGUGGGCAUGUCCCACAACGCUAUCCGCUUUGGCCGAAUGCCCCAAUCCGAGAAGCUGAAGCUGAAGGCAGAGAUAUUAACUGGGGAGAAGGAGGUGGAGAAUCCUCAGUUAGCUGACCAGAAAACUUUGGCCAAGCAAAUCUACGAGGCUUAUCUCAAGAACUUCAGCAUGAACAAAGCAAAGGCACGGACCAUCCUGACAGGCAAAACAAACACACCACCCUUUGUAAUCCAUGACAUGGAGACUCUGCAUCUGGCCGAGCAGACUCUGGUGGCUAAGAUGGUUGGCAGUGCAGGUGGACUGCUCGAAAAGGACGUAGAAGUGCGAAUCUUCCACUGCUGCCAGUGCACAUCAGUGGAGACCGUCACAGAGCUCACAGAGUUUGCCAAGUCCGUUCCAGGCUUCUGCAACCUCGACCUAAAUGACCAGGUAACACUUUUAAAGUAUGGUGUGUACGAGGCACUUUUUGCUAUGCUGGCCUCUUGCAUGAAUAAAGAUGGCUUGCUGGUUGCCUACGGCAGUGGCUUCAUUACAAGAGAGUUCCUCAAGAGCCUGCGACGACCUAUCAGUGACAUGAUGGAGCCCAAGUUCCAGUUCGCCAUGAAGUUCAAUGCACUGGGACUGGAUGACAGCGACCUGGCUCUGUUUGUAGCAGCCAUAAUCUGCUGUGGAGAUCGUCCAGGCCUGAUGAAUGUCCCAUACAUCGAGCGGAUGCAGGAGAGCAUCGUCCAUGUGCUGCAGCUCCACCUACAGAAUAACCACCCAGACAAUACCUUCCUGUUUCCUAACCUGCUGCAGAAACUAGCUGAUCUGCGUCAACUAGUCACGGAGCAUGCCCAGUUAGUGCAGGAGAUCAAGAAAAUGGAGGACACAUCACUGCAUCCUCUGCUUCAGGAAAUCUACAGGGACAUGUACUAAGGGAGACUCACGUGCCACUAAAUUCGAAGCGGAACACAAAGAAGGUGCAAGAGAACAAGCCCUUAACCUUUCCUAACGAUUAAAGGCUUGUCUGACAGCUCAGAUGUUCAUUUGUUCCUAAAAAAAUAAAAUAAUGAAAUGCUCUCAGGGGCUUCUGGGAUCUGUCCCUUUUAAAGACACAGUGUAACCCCAUCUAAAGGGCUUGCCAAUAAAACAACUAUGCACAAGAGACAGUGCUGCCCGGAAAGUAAAUACCAGCAAACGAUGGAAAUCUUUUUUUAAAGAAAUGGCCAGUGGCAGGAUUGUCCUCAUUCACACUGCACUAAAGUUUCAUUAUAUUUUCUAAAAUAAAAAAAAAAAAAGUCUA